CACGAUGUCGACCACGUGAUUUUCCAGCUCGGUUCGACAGUUUGCAUAUGCAUCUUACAUUACACAUAGAUAAUAUGUCAAGUCAGGUAGCUCACAAGCCGUCUGACAUUGGAUAAUGACAAGGCGAAAUGAUAACCCGGCCUCGAAUUUGAAAGUGCAACGUCAACACCAGCACACCGCGCAGGUUUGAACAGCGAACGCCUCACAUGCAAAGCGAUCCCCUGUCGGAGUGAAGUUUUGAAAACUGCCACAACCAUGCAUACGGUAUCUAGACUAGUUCGUGCUGUGUGGCCUUCGAUUACGGCACGUCUCUACAGUUCCACAUCAACUAAGGACAUCAGCGGAAUUUUCCCUCCCAUCCCAACCCCAUUCAACGCAGACGAGACAAUCGCGUGGGAUAAACUCGAAUCAAAUAUCAAGAAAUGGAACGAGAUUCCUCUUCGUGGAUAUGUAGUUCAAGGUUCGACUGGGGAGUAUACGUUCAUGACUCCUCAGGAGAGAGUUGAAGCCGUAAGACGCGUUAAAGACUUUGCUGGUCCAGGUAAAAUGGUGAUCGCUGGUUCGGGCUGCGAGUCGACGCGUGACACGAUCAAUAUGACCCGGGAAAUGUCGUCUGCUGGAGCAGAGGCUGUUUUGGUAGUGACGCCAUGUUAUUACAAAGGACGCAUGACCUCGGGCGCUUUCAUCCAACACUACACUCGCGUAGCAGACGACAGUCCGGUUCCAGUGAUUCUCUACAGCGUUCCUUCAAACACCGGCAUCGAUCUACCCCCCGAUGCCAUUAUACAGCUCGCCAAACAUCCGAAUAUCAUCGGAAUCAAAGAAAGUGGGGGUGACGUCGCCAGAAUUGGGAGUUUGGUGCACAAUACUUCCAAGGAUGGGUUCCAGGUGCUAUCCGGGUCUGCCAGUUUUCUGUACCCGGCUCUUGGUGUUGGAAGUGUCGGAGGGGUGUGUGCUCUGGCAAAUGUUCUGGGUGGUCCAUUGUGCCAACUUGAGCAGCUUGUCAAGGAAGGGAAGUUGAACGAAGCUAAGCUACUCCAGCAUCGGCUGAUAGCGCCCAAUGCCGCUGUGACGAAGGUGUACGGUAUAGCGGGGGUAAAGAAAGCCAUGGAAUGGUUCGGAUUUUAUGGAGGCCCAACACGAUCCCCUCUUCAGUCAUUAACAGAGCCGGAAGAAAAAGCCUUGAGGGACACUUUUGUUAGUUCUGGCUUUUUGUGAGGGUCGAUCUACAUGUGUGUAAUUUACUCAGAAGACGUGCCAUAUAGACGGAUCUAUUAACCUAAACCAUGAACUGAAGAUAUAUAGUAUUUCUUACAUAAAACAAUCGUUUGUUCUCUUUCA